UUGCCCACCUUCGCCUUUUCUUCCACUUUUCUCUCUCCACUGUCCCAUCUUUUCGCCACGUCAUUUCUUCGCUAUCCUACACGUUUGCGCGCUACGCACCCUUCUUCCUACCUUCUCCAUUACCUUUCAUCUAAAGCUCCAAACCGAAAGCCCUAAUCCCCAAUUCUAUCUUCUAAAAACAAAAAUUAAACCCUCAGAACUCAGAAUCCAACAAAAAAAAAUCCUUUAUGAGACCGGCCCUUUCACUUUGGGCGUUAUUAACACGUGCGUCAGAUCCUUGGUGAGCUGAAAUCUGAGCCGUUGAUGCCUCGCGCCAGCCUCAUCAUCCGACCAUCGAUCCUGACCGUCUGAUUGGGUCCACUUGAUCUUCUGCUUGCCGUUUAUGGGAAGUGAUUCAUAUAAAAGAAAAAGAAUAGUAACUUUGACUAACAGCAAGCUUAGUCUUUUAUUAGGUGGGGUGUACGGACUGUGAAAAAAGGAUUCGAUCAGAAGAUGGGUUCAGGAAAAUUGGAAACUCUAACCCCAAUUUUGUCUCCAAUUUGGUUUGUUGGAGAGAGGAUGAUUUUUAUGGGCUUUCUCUAGUAUUUACCAUUUUUUGUAUUUUUGUAGUUUAGAAAAAAGAGUUUUUUUUUUUUUUUGGGGGGGGGGUGUGUUUAGGGAAUAUGGAGAGCAAAGAGCUGAAUUUGAACAAAGAGUGUAAAGCAGGAGGAGGGGGAGCAGGAGAUGGUUUUACAGAUAGGAGCAAAGUGAGGAUUUUGCUAUGUGAUAAUGAUACCAAGAGCUGUGAGGAGGUUUUUUCACUUCUUUUGAAAUGUUCUUAUCAGGUGACUUCAGUAAGGUCUGCAAGACAGGUUAUUGAUGCACUGAAUGCUGAGGGACCUGAAAUUGAUAUCAUACUUGCUGAAGUUGACCUCCCAAUGACCAAAGGAAUGAAGAUGUUGAAGUAUAUUAUGCGGAAUAAGGAACUGCACCAUAUUCCUGUUAUUAUGAUGUCGGCCCAGGAUGAGGUCUCUGUUGUUGUUAAGUGCUUGAGGCUUGGUGCUGCUGACUAUCUUGUCAAGCCUUUACGAACCAAUGAAUUGUUGAACUUGUGGACACACAUGUGGAGAAGGCGACGCCAGCUUGGUCUGGCAGAAAAGAACAUCUUGAACUAUGACUUUGAUCUAGUGGCAUCGGACCCUAGUGAUGCUAAUACAAACAGUACUACUUUGUUCUCGGAUGACACAGAUGACAAGUCCCGAAAGAUCACAAAUCCAGAGAUGGGAGUUUCAACUCCUCAGGAAGACGAAUCUGCUGCUGCUACUGUAGAGCCUCCUCAGACUGAUUCAUCAGAAUGUCGUCCUGAUAUUCCAGGAAUAAGUGAUCGCAGAACAGGGCAACUUUCAUCUGGUCCAAAGAAGAGUGAGCUAAAGAUUGGUGAGUCAUCAGCCUUCUUUACUUACGUGAAGUCAACUGCAGUCAAAAACACUACUCAAGUGGUCACUCCUAGUGACGAAAAUGCUGCACAAAAUACGAUCAUUGAAGAUAAUCUUCUGCAAUCUGGCCAGCAAGUGAUUAAUGAUACCCAAGUACAUGAGAAUGCAGAAGCAUGGGAAAACUGUUCACAAGGUGAUGAAUUUCCUAGCAGCAGUAGUAUUCCAGAUUCACUUUCCUUGGGGAGGUCCUCUACACCUCCUGUGUCAAUGGAGUUCUCACAACAAAGGAAUUUUAAGGAAGACAAGUUUUCUCAGUUGCUUCUGCCUCCAGGAAAUGAUCCUCAACAAGAUAUAUCUGGUUUACCAACACAAAGUGCUUAUCCAUACUAUAUGUCAGGAGUUUUAAAUCAACCUACAGUGCCAUCAUCGGCUCAAUUGUAUCAGAACAACCUCCAUGACCUUCAAAAUCAUGCUAGUUCUGCUGUGCUACCUCAAUAUAAUCAUUUUCAACAUUGUCUUUCCCAUCUUCAUGCAAGCGGGAUGGCAUGGUUUCCAUACUACCCGGUUAAUACAUGCAUGCAACCUGGUCACAUGCCAACUGAUCACUCAUGGCCAUCAUUUGGAAAUUCAUCUUCCGGUGAAGUGAAAUUAAAUAAGGUUGACAGAAGAGAGGCAGCAUUGAUCAAAUUUAGGCAGAAAAGGAAGGAGCGCUGUUUUGACAAGAAGAUUAGAUAUGUUAAUAGAAAAACGCUAGCUGAAAGGAGGCCCCGCAUGAGGGGACAAUUUGUGAGGAAGGCAAAUGGUGUAACUGUUGAUCUUAAUGGGCAACCUGCUUCUGCUGAUUAUGACGAGGAUGAUGAAGAGGAGGAGGAGCAGGCUUCGAGGGAUUCUUUUCUUGAAGAUGAUACUUCAGGAUGUUGAUGUUAAGUUCGUACUUAUUGAGAAUAUACUUGUGUGUACCUCUACCUGUUUCCUCUAGAGGAGAACGAGUACUAGUGGCACAGUGUUCCAUUAAAGUAUUGAUCGAAGAAGAGCACAGAUCACAGAUCAGAACAAACGUGCAUCCCCAAAUACCAAUCAGGUGAAAGCAGCUGACUCAAGUUAUUGCAAAGUGCUUCCAUCAGGAUGCAUAAGUUACCCUGUUUCCCCUUUUAAGGUCAGCUGCAGCUCAAGGAACUAAUAUAAGGAAGCCCUUGAUUGAACCAGUUCCCCUGUGGACUGCAUGUCAGUCGACAUUCGCACUUUGUAGUUAUAUUGUUUCCAUGGUUCAAAUUUAAACAAUAGAGAUCCAAAGGCCUUUCCAGUUUUUCUAUUUUAAGAAGUGAAACUUUCCAAAAUUGUUCUCAAAUGAGAUUGUAAUAUUGUGGGAAUUUUUCAAUGAAAUGCAGAGUAUUGAAGCGACUUGUUUAUAUC